AUGCAAAAAAAAGCAAAACAUAUGCAAGGCAGAGAUAUGAAACUUUAUAAUAUAUACCAAACUAUGCAGAAGCCAUCUCAGAGAACUCUUCCUGAUACACACUCAAACUCCUUCACCGUUCAUAUAAACGAACCAUAUAAUCAUCAUCAGCAUCAUAACCACAACAAGACCUUCAUAGGAUUUUCUUCAUCCAUGAAGCUCUUCAGCAAAUUCCGCAAGAUUCUCAUGAAGAUCAUCUUCAUCGUUCCCUCCUCUUCUUCCUCUGCCACCGUACGUCGUCACAAAACCACCGACUCCCGGAGUGGCGGCGAGAGGCUAGAGACACCGAAGAUAUCGUGCAGUAAUUCGUACUACUCCUCUCAUUCUCACUACAGUGAAGCUAUCUCAGAUUGCAUUGACUUUUUCAACAAGUCAUCGACUGAUAAUAUGUCUCACAAAGAACGUGAUGACCAGAUUGUACAUGAUCGCGAAUGUUUUUACGUGUAGUCAAAACUUAAAAGAAGUGAUGUGAUCAUGUCCUCUUUUUCUUCUUCUUUGUUAUUCUAGAUAACUCGGGUGUUUUUCUUCAUGUGCUCGUGUAUCAACAACAAUUUCACGUUUUAACGUUUUAUCAUAUGUAUAAACUGUUAAAUAUUUGAUGUUUUAUUUCGUAGCAUAAUGUAUCCACUUACUAAUGCCUUGUUUGCGUGUAUACAUGACACAAGGCUGAUGAAAUUAAUUCCAUGUGUAUCAGUGUAUCUUCCCGUAAAAAUACUAUAACGUGUUUGAUAAUGAAGAGGAGAUAAGAGAGCUCGGAUAAUUAACAUUUGUAAAAUUAAUUCUAGCAGAUAUGUCAAGGGGA